UUUUGAAAAAAACAUUGUGAGCUUGAAAUUUUGUAGUUCAAAAAAACGUCUCGUGACCGUCACCUCUCUCCCUCCAUAAACCACCGCGAGCUCUCUCUCUUCCGGUGGCGACCUUUCAUUAUAAGGAAAGCUGCGCUUCCAAUGGAUAGAGUUAGGGUUUAAGGAAGUGGGGUUCAGUUGAGUGUGUGCCUGUGUGGAAGUGGGUGCUCUGUUGGGAAGUUACACAGAUUGAAGCUUUUGUAUCAGUUCUUAUAUGCUGCCUGCGAUGGCCCGGAGUGUUAGAUCAAGCAGGUCGUCUUUUGAUUCUAGCAAUGGACACGAAACGCCUUUGCACUCGGGGUCUUUUGUUACCUCAAAUGGAGAUGGUUACGAUAGUGAUAGUUCAAACUUAGCUACAGCUGCUUCGUCUACUCUUUCGUCUGUUCUUUCAACCGAACUUCCUGGAGCAAUACAAUGUAUUGAUAAGUUUCAGGUCGAGGUGUUCCUAAAGGCGAUGCAAAAGCAGAUUCACUCAGCUGGAAAGCGUAGCUUAUUUUCUAAAAAAUCUGUGGGGCCUCAAGUUAGGGAGAAAUUCACGUUUGAGGAUAUGUUGUGUUUCCAAAGGGAGCCUAUCCCGACGUCCAUUCUAAAGAUAAACGGAGAUCUCGUCAGUAAAGCUGUCAAGCUUUUUCAGAUCAUUUUGAAGUACAUGGGAGUUGAUUCUUCUGAUCGAGGGACUACUAUCGGCUUAGAUGAACAAAUUGAGCUCGUCUGCAAACUAUUAAAGCGGGCUUUGAAGCGAACCGAGCUUCACGAUGAACUUUUUGUACAAAUUUCAAAGCAGACGAGAAAUAAUCCCGAUAGGCAAUGUUUGAUAAAGGCGUGGGAGCUGAUGUACCUCUGUGCAUCUUGCAUGCCUCCUGGCAAAGAGAUCGGUGAAUACUUAUCAGAGUAUAUCCGUAGCGUGGCACAUGGAACGACCACUGAUACUGACAUUCAAGCCUUUGCAUUGGACACAUUGACUGCUUUGAAACGUUCGCUUAAGGCAGGGCCUAGACAGACAAUUCCGGGCCGAGAGGAGAUUGAAGCUCUUUUAACUAGAAAAAAGCUCACUACAGUCGUGUUUUUCUUGGAUGAAACUUUCGAGGAAAUCACAUUUGACAUGGCCACAACUGUAGCAGAUGCAGUUGAGGAGCUUGCAGGGAUAAUCAAAUUGUCAACUUAUUCUAGCUUUACCCUAUUUGAAUGUCGAAAGGUUGCCAAUGGUUCUAAGUCGCCUGAGCCAGGAAAUGAGGAAUACCUUGGCUUAGAUGACAAUGCGUAUAUUGCGGAUCUACUGGCUAAUUUUAAGACAUCGAAGUACAUUGGCAAAGGGGACGUUAUGCACUUCAAACUAGUGUUUAAAAAGAAGUUAUUCCGGGAGUCAGAUGAAGCCGUAACUGAUCCAAUGUUCAUUCAAUUGUCCUAUGUUCAAUUACAACACGAUUACAUAUUGGGGAAUUAUCCUGUUGGAAGGGACGAUGCGGCACAGUUAUGUGCACUGCAGAUAUUGGUUGAAAUUGGAUAUGUUAACAGCCUCGAAUCCUGCACUGAUUGGACGUCUCUCUUACAGCAAUUUUUACCUAGACAAAUUGCAAUUACUCGUGUGAAGAGGGAGUGGGAAUUGGACAUCAUUUCUCGGUAUCAAUUGAUGGAAAAUUUGACAAAAGAUGAUGCUAGAAAACAAUUUUUGCUGAUCAUAAGGACACUUCCAUAUGGGAAUUCAGUUUUCUUUUCUGUUCGUAAGAUUGAUGACCCAAUCGGACUCUUGCCUGGAAAAAUAAUAUUGGGCAUAAACAAACGUGGGGUUCAUUUUUUCCGCCCAGUUCCAAAGGAAUAUUUACAUUCCGCUGAACUAAGGGAUAUAAUGCAAUUUGGUAGCAGCAACAGUGCUGUAUUUUUUAAGAUGCGAGUUGCUGGUGUCUUACAUAUAUAUCAGUUCGAAACAAAACAGGGAGAGGAAAUAUGUGUUGCCCUUCAGACACAUAUCAAUGAUGUGAUGCUACGCCGCUAUUCCAAAGCACGCUCCAGUAGUAAUGGUUCGGUUAAUGGAGAUCUUUCGAAUAAUGGCAAGUCCCCGAAAAUGGAUGUUUAUGAAAAAUGUAUCCAGGACCUAUCCAGAGCCCUUGAAGAAUCGGAGAAAAAAAUUAGUGAAUUGGUAGAAACUUCAGAUGAAAGGCAAAAACGUGAGCUAGAAAUGCAAGAAGAACUGGAGAAUUUGAAAGAUAACUUGAGAUCAGAGAAGAAUUAUUUAGCAGCUGUGACUAGUGAUCGUGAUAAACUCCGAUCACAGUGCGAAGAGAAAAAUUCAGAACUUCAGGCUGUACUAAUGGAGAAGCAGAGCAUGGAGGUGAGACUUGCAAAAUUGAGCCCCGAAGGACUGGAGAAUAAUAUCAAAAAGGAGUUGGCGGAAGCAAACAAUAAGGUCUUACAUACGAUCCAAGAUGAACUGAAAGUCCGGCUUGCUGAGUUGCACGCGGCAGAAGAAACAAACAGGAAACUUUUGAGUGAAAAAGAAUCGUUAGAAGAAAAGAUUACACGGCUCGAAAAGAAGAAAAAUAGCGAGAGAACUUCUGAACAUGAAUUCAAGGCAUUAAGACUUCAAGUUUCUGAACUUCAAAAAAAAUUGGAAGAGGUCAAACGAGAUUUAGCUGCCACGCAGUCAAUCCUUGCAACAAAGGAUAACGAGCUAGAAGCAUUACAAAAGAAUCUAAAAGAGCUCGAGGAAUUGAGAGAAUUAAAAGAGGAGAUCGAUAAAAAGAAUGAGCAAACCGCUAUGCUUUUGAAGAUGCAAGCGGCACAAUUGGCUGAGACGGAAGCACUUUAUCGAGAGGAACAAGUAUUGAGGAAGCGAUACUUCAACGUUAUAGAAGAUAUGAAAGGAAAGAUUCGAGUCUACUGUAGAGUAAGGCCUCUUACCGAACGAGAGAGAGGUGCAAUGGAAAAAAAUGCCUUGACAUGUGUUGAUGAGUUCACUGUUGAACAUCUAUGGAAAGACGAUAGAAAACAGCAUAUGUAUGACCGAGUGUUUGAUGGGUGUUCUACCCAAGAACACGUGUUUGAGGAUACAAAGUAUUUGGUGCAAUCAGCCGUUGAUGGAUACAAUGUUUGCAUCUUUGCCUAUGGACAAACCGGCUCUGGGAAGACUUUUACCAUUUACGGAUGUGACAACAACCCCGGACUAACACCACGAGCUAUGUCCGAACUCUUUACAAUAAUGAAGCGAGACAACAAGAAGUUGUCUUUUUGCUUGAAGGCGUAUAUGGUGGAAUUGUAUCAAGAUACACUUAUAGACCUCCUUCUACCGAAGUCUGGAAAGCGGGCAAAAUUGGAUAUAAAAAAGGAUUCAAUGGGCAUGGUUGUCGUUGAGAAUGCAACAAUUGUUUCUAUUUCUACCUAUGAAGAACUAAGAACAAUCAUUGAGAAAGGCUCAGAGCAACGACAUACAACUGAAACUCUCAUGAACGAGCAGAGCUCGAGGUCCCAUUUGAUACUUUCUGUUAUUAUCGAAAGCACAAAUCUCCAAACGCAGGCUGUUUCGAGGGGAAAGCUAAGUUUCGUGGAUCUUGCUGGUUCCGAGAGAGUGAAAAAGUCGGGUGUUUCAGGCAAUCAGCUCAAGGAAGCUCAAGGCAUCAACAAGUCCCUCUCUGCACUCGGGGACGUGAUUAGUGCACUUUCCACGGGGAACCAACACGUGCCUUAUAGAAACCACAAGCUAACGAUGUUGAUGAGUGAUUCACUCGGUGGAAACGCCAAAACACUAAUGUUUGUGAACGUUUCCCCAGUCGAAUCCAACUUGGACGAGACAUACAAUUCUCUCACGUACGCAUCAAGAGUACGAUCCAUUGUAAACGAUCCCAGCAAGAAUGUUUCGUCCAAGGAAGUGGCUCGUUUGAAGAAGCUAGUGGCAUAUUGGAAAGAACAGGCAGGUCGACGAGGGGAAGACGAGGAAUUCGUGGAUAUCCAAGAAGACUGCACCAAAGAUAGGUCAAAUGGUAGAUUUUCUGUCUGAAUAGAGUGUGUACAUAAGUUUGAACAUAGAUAACAGACAAGCAAGUACUAACCACCUUAGGACAUCCUUAAUCUAGUUUUUAUGUUAUAUAUAUCGGAUAGGUUUGAUUGUGCAAUCUUUAUAGUUUUGUUGCAUUGAGAGGAGGAUUAUAAAGGUAAUUAGAGAGCUGUAAUUAUGAAUACUCUAAUGAUUUGUAUUGUUAAUUGAUUAUUAUACUUUUGGUUCCUUUUA